AAUUAAAUAACCCAUCAAAUUAUUUGUURCAAUUACUUACAAUCUGGCAACGUCGUCAUCAGGUGUAAUUUUUGCUUAUCAGUUGAAGUUUGUUUGGAAAAGUUUUAGCGUCGUAAAAGAAUAUUUAUUUUAUAGUUAGUGGAAGAAGUUGUGCAAUGUUGUGGUUUACGCUUUUAUUACCAAUUUUUCUAUCAAUAAUUGAUUUAGCUUACUCUAUCGAUSAGAGUCGCUUAGUCGAUGCCGAAAAAUCACUGGUGUGGGGGCCUGGCUUGAAGCCGGAUGAAGUAGUUUUACCAGCGCGUUACUUCUUCAUACAUGCUGUGGACAAAAACGGGCGCAAAUUUGAGCAAUCGCCCCCACAGGAAUUUCAAGUGCUUAUCAAAGGCAAUUCGCCGCAUGGUAAAUGUCGGUCAAAUGUAAAUUUCAUCGAUCGCGGCGAUGGCUCUUCGAUUGUACGCUAUACUAUCGCCGAUUGGUGUGAUCAAGUUGAACUGGAAGUGCGCUAUAAUGGCUCACAUGUAGCACAUUCCCCGUAUGUUAUAUAUAACAAGGUAUAUUCGGAACGUUGUUACUGCCCACAAGAUUUAAAAUUGUGGAUGUUGCACAACAAUUGUCCGUCAGGUUUGAAUGACAAACAAAUCGCUUGGGACUUGCACUCAUUUAAGCGUGUCAACUUUAGCGCUAUACGAGAAAAUCUUUUGAGGCGCUACAAUCAACCGGAGAGCGUAUCGUUGUGUCAUUAUGUAGUGAAACAGCAACAAAUAUGGCGCCAAUGUUAUGGCAAGUACACUGGUUUCAAAAUGUUCAUGGACGCAACCUUGUUGGCAUUAGGUCGCGUUGCCUUACUGCCAGAUAUGGAAUUCUAUUUGAAUUUGGGCGAUUGGCCGCUAUCGAAAAAAGGCGGACAACAACGUACUUCUGGUCCAUAUCCAAUAUUCUCGUGGUGCGGUAGUGAUGACUCGUACGACAUAGUGCUACCMACAUACGACAUAACCGAGUCCACGGUAGAGAAUAUGGGACGUGUCACACUGGAUAUGUUGUCUGUGCAAAAAAGCGAAUAUCCAUGGGACAUCAAAGAAUCUAAAGCUUUCUGGCGAGGCAGAGACUCGCGUCGCGAGCGACUUGAAUUAAUUGAAUUGGCGCGUAUKCAUCCCAAUUGGUUAAAUGCAUCAUUGACGAAUUUCUUCUUCUUCCGCAACGAGGAAGACAAGUACGGUCCAAAAGUGCCGCAUAUAUCGUUUUUGGAAUUCUUUCGGUAUAAAUACCAGCUAAAUGUGGAUGGCGUCGUCGCUGCUUAUCGCUUUCCCUAUUUGCUUGCCAGUGAUUCSUUGGUAUUCAAACAAGAUUCAGGUUUCUAUGAACAUUUCUACAGCAAAUUAACGCCGUAUAAACAUUAUGUGCCAUUUAAACGCGAUUUAAGUGAUUUAAUUGAACGUCUACAGUGGGCAAAAGAAAAUGACGAUCGCGCACGWGAAAUUGUGUCAGAAGCACGUAAAUUCGUCGAAGCAAAUCUAAUGCCACAGCACAUUUACUGCUACCAUAUAGCUUUAUUUAAG